CUGCCCUCCCCCACCAAUCCGGCCACAUCUUCACCACGAUGAGCACAGGAUUGCCGCCACCGCCCCCUCCGUUCCAUCCGAACUGUUCCGUGACGGGCGAGCCGAUGUGCAACUGCCCCUUCGCUCCCUCUCCUCCCCUGCCCUUCACACCUGACACGCGCGGAGUGAGAGAGUCGGCCACACGCCGCCCUUCGCCUCCUGUCGGACAGCCCAAGCAUACGCAGCCGGGCGUCUUGGCUGUGUCGCGGAGGGUGGCUGUCGAUGGCAAGAUGGAGGAGAGGGCCUGGCUGCCAGCUCAUCUGGAGUGUCUGCCGCCUGCCGUCAGUGUGUCAUCUCUGUUGCCGCCCGACAAGUGUGCCGAUGACGGGAUGAGCAACGUGGUGCUGUCGGCGAGGAGUGUCAAGGACUACGCGAUGGCGAUGAGUCGGUGGUUGAAGAGGGAGAGGAAGGGGUACCUCGACGACAGGGCCAGGGUGGUCGCAUCCGUCGUCCCCACAUGCUUCUUGUGCGAUGAACACGGUGAGGGAAGGGGGUCUGGCGUGCUGUCUGCGUGUGCGACGGCUGGGAAUAUAUAUGUGUGUCCGUGUUGUGGGUGUGGGUGUUCAGGCAGCCACAAGGGCACUGGUUUCUGCAAGUACUGUCUGGGGUUUGAGGCGCGGCCCGACGCGCCUCCCGACACCGUGCCCAUGGUGUGUCGGCGGGACAACUGCCGCGAGCGGUUCCGCAACAUCGAUGACAUGCUCAUCUGUGGAGGAUGCAGGACAACAAUCCACGCCAAGUGUGUGAGGGACCAGACAGACAGACACAACUGAAGAGAUGCGCACGUGUGCAUGGGGGCUGCGUGGGAGGAGGGGACGCAUCGAUGACACUCAUUCCUACGUGGUGCGUGUGUGUUGUGUGUUGUGUGUUGUUGCAAUUGACGCGCAUCGACAAUAAAUGCAAUGCCUGCAGGUGCUGUGACCCUCCGUUGGUGUGGCUGCUGGUCACCAUGUUCCCCUGGAGAUGCCCUGACUGCAAGGUCGGUCCGUCGGCAACACCACACAGACAGACACAGAGGGAUGAGCAUCCCGCCUCUGUGCAUUGACCUUCUUCUCUCCCUGUGUGUGUGUGUGUGUGUAUGUGUGUCAGAGGUGCAGUGUGUGUGGGAGGCGGCAGGACAGCGCAUCCCUUGUGAGGUGCGCCGUGUGUGACCGGGCCUUCCACAUUGGGUGCCUCACACCGCCACUAGACAAGGUGGGUGGGCCAUGAUUCACCAAGAGAGGGGCGGUGUUCCCAUUAAGCGGCGUGUCUGUCUGUCUGUCUGUCUGGGUGCUUGUCUGUCUGUCUGUCUGUCGAAUAUUCAGGUGCCCGAUGGCCACCAGUGGAUGUGCGCCACGUGCGGCAAGUGCUCGACCUGCGCCAAGGACCUCGCAAUAGAGGAGGCAAAGGUGCGGACCAACCACAGAGGAAUCCACCCCACACCGGCGGGCAUGUGAGCUGUCUUGGUCUGUGUGCCCUCCAGGACACUAGUGCUGCCUCUCUGCUCCAUCGGCAGUGCACCGUCUGCAAGGAGGGCCCCAAGCCACCACCACCACCACAGCAGCAGCAGCAACAGGGUUCCACCGCCGCCGCCGCUGCUGCUGCCGCUGCUGCUUCUUCAGCAGAGACGAGGGAUCUCUGCGGCGUGUGCGGCAAGCCGCCGCCGACGCCGGAGCCAGCAGCUGAGGGCAAGCCAGAGGAAGAGACGCCUGUGCCGACGUGUACCAUCUGCCACAAAGGUCAGCCAGUCAGCGCCAGAGGCCACAGACAGACAGACAGACAUCACCUUUUGCCCUUGUGUGUUCAGUCGUGCAUCGAGAGUGCAGCGUCGGCCCGGCCCACAAGAGACGGCGCGUCGAGGCGCCCCCGGCACCCGCGGCAGCCGAGAGAAAGGAGGAUCACGGCGCGGCGAUGGACGUGGAGGUGUGUGAGGACCGGCAGGCCAAGCGGCCGAGGGAGUGGGUCGUCUGCAUCGUGUGCCAUGAGAUAGAGGAGGCAUUCUUGUAGACAGACAGACAGACCACGGCCACCCACCGGCAAGCACUGCACUGGCAGACGGAUGACGACCCGGUCCGGUGCUCGGUGCGUGCGAUAUGCAUGAGAGUGGGUGGGUGGGUGGAUGGGUCAGUGUGUGUUGUGUGUUGGAUGGAGGCGGUGUGGGUGAUUCUCGUCGUCGUCCCUCACAAACAGGACAGGACGACAUGGGAAUGACUCUCACCCCCGCUCGGGUACCCAUCAGGAGCCAACGACACACACUGAGCUCACUGAAGGCGUGUUACACUUGACUGAUAGCAACAGUGAGUGAUAUCAGACUUACGAGGGCUGCAUUGCAAUCCACUGACGGA